UUCAUUCAUUCAUUAGAAAGACUGAUAACUGCUUCAAAAUAAGAUUCUUGGAGAUGAUGGGAUUUCAAACAAUAUUAUUGUCAAUGGCAUUGACCAUAAUGACAGUUGUCGCCUAUACACCUACAGAAAAACAAUUAGGUAUUCAUGAAGUGGACAAAGUUUUGAAGCUUGAAAAUGCAAUUGGUAGAGACAUCGGUGGUCAUCGUGGAGAAUCAUUUUCUGUACUUGAUGUAAUUGAUGCAAAUAGACUAGCAGGAUCUGACAGAAGAAGCUCAGACGUCUCCGAAAUCAUACGAAGCGUAUCAUCUCAAAGGUCUGGUGGUGUAUCAAGCAAUGGUGCACUGAACCGAAAUUGUCAUUAUGAGUGUGGAGUAGAUAAACUUUGUAACCUAGGAAAGAAAUGUGUACGUGAUGGUUGUAACAGUUAUUGCGUCCUUAUUUCUUCUGGGAGUGUCAUUGGUGCAUCAGGGUUGUCAGAGUCUAUAAGAAGGGGAAACAUUGUCUCAGAAAUUAUCAGAGGUUCGUCAUCUGACCUGACCAGGCUGUCAAGCAUUGAUGGUUCUAAAUGCAGUUAUGGAUGUGGAGAAAAUAAACUAUGUGCGUCAGGACUUAAAUGUGUUCACGAAGGAUGCAACAGCUAUUGCGUACAAAUAUCAUCUGGUAGCAUAAUUGGUUCAUCUGGUCAGUCGUUGGCCGGACGUUUGGAUCUAUCCAACACUGCUCAUUUGGAAACCAUUGGUAGAAGUGGUGCAAUUUCUGGUCACACAGGUUCCGAUAUUCUUGACGCUAUCUCAUCUAGACGUAGUGUCAUAGAUGCAUUGGACACAGUUUCUUCUAGACGAAGAGGAUCAGUAAGUCAAUCUGGUUCAGGGAUCGUAUCUCAGACAGUAGUAGGAGAACACAGUGGUUGUAGAAGACUAUGUCAUAAUGAUGCAGAUUGUCCACAAAGCAAGUACUGUACCACUGUAAAAUGUCACAGGAUUUGUAGAAGAAGACCGUCUAAUGGAUACUCACGAUGAACAGAAUUAGAAAUUUGAAGAAAUCCACAUUUUGUACUGAUUUUUUUAUUAUGAAAUAAAUAAAAUGUUGAAUACA